AUGUCGUUUAACACCUCCCACCUCAUUCCUCCACAAGAAGACCUUCCUCCUCUCCGCCACUUCUCCGAUCAAUCCCAGCCACAUCCUCACCCUCACUUCUCCGAAACACCGUCUCUUCUCACGGCCAGCUUCCUCAACCUCCCUCCCACCGCAUCCAUGUCGGAUUCCGAUUUCGCGCCUCCCCAUCGCAGCGGAGACAGCUCCACAACAAACCGACGGUGGCUCUCCUUCGACUCCGAGAUCCAGAACUCCGGAGAAGGCCACCAUGAAGUCAACGACGGCGAUGGAGGUGAAGAUUGGAAGAGCGCAAGCUGCAAGGCGGCGAUUGUGAGGCAUCCGAUGUUCGAGCAGCUUCUGGCGGCUCACGUUGGUUGCCUUAGGGUUGCGACUCCCGUUGACCAGAUUCCGAGGAUCGAUGCGCAGCUCAGCGAGGUUCACAACGUUGCCGCCAAGUACUCUACUCUUGGUGUGGUUAUGGAUAACAAGGAGCUUGAUCAUUUCAUGUCACAUUAUGUUGUUCUCUUAUGUUCGUUUAAAGAACAACUCCAACACCACGUUUGUGUCCAUGCAAUGGAAGCCAUAACGGCUUGUUGGGAGAUUGAGCAGUCGCUGCAAUCCAUAACGGGAGUUUCACCAAGUGAGAGCAAUGGCAAGACAAUGUCGGAUGAUGAAGAUGAUAAUCAAGUAGAGAGCGAGGUGAGCAUGUUUGAUGGAAGCUUGGACGGUUCAGAUUGCAUGAUGGGAUUCGGUCCUCUUGUCCCAACCGAGCGCGAGAGAUCAUUGCUGGAACGUGUGAAGAAGGAACUUAAGCAUGAGCUUAAACAGGGUUUCAAAGAGAAGAUCGUGGACAUAAGAGAAGAGAUAAUGAGGAAGAGAAGGGCGGGAAAGUUGCCAGGAGAUACAACUUCUGUUCUCAAAGAGUGGUGGCGAACUCACGCCAAGUGGCCAUACCCAACUGAGGAAGAUAAGGCAAAGCUGGUUCAAGAAACCGGUUUGCAGCUGAAGCAGAUUAACAAUUGGUUUAUCAACCAGAGGAAAAGAAACUGGAACAGCAACUCUUCCACAUCAUCUACUCUCUCCAAGAACAAACGUAAACGGUAA